UUAAUAUGUAUAUAAGUCACUUUUCUCCCCGCGAAAAAAUUUUUAUAAAAUAUAUACUAUAACUAACAAUAAAUAUGGUAUAUUCUGAUUACAAAUAUUACAAUAAUUUAGAUGAUCCAGAAAAUGAUGAAGACUUUAUAAAUGGAGUCAAAGAAGUCUUGAAGCAACUUAAUAUUACAGAAAACAUAAAUGAUAUAAAGGAUUUUGUUACACUAAUGAAGUUUAUAAAUAGAUUAAUGACAAAACAUCAUAAUGAUUUAGAAAGUGUUAUUGCGGAUACUGGGGAACCAUCAUUGCUCGUUAAAUCCGAAAUUUAUAAUGAACGACAUAUCAAGUAGAAAAACGAUGAGUUAAUCCAGAAGAUUAUUAAUAAAUGUUUAGAAAAUAACGAUAAAGGAGAGCACAAAUUUAUGCUUGUGGUUUCGCAUUUACUUCCAAUUCUAGUUAAAAAAUCCUAUAAAAACCUAGUAGACAAUCUCGCGAUACAGCUCAACUACAAAAAGAUCCCGCAAAAUUGGUGCAAAAAAUUGGGUGAGGACAAUAAAUUCAUUUCAAUUCGUGAACAUCUUUGGGGAUAUAGGUUUCCUAGUUCCAAGAAAUCACUCUCGUCCACAUUUGACAGAUUUAAAAAGGAACCUCGACAUUACGCAACGUUGUGUUAUGUACCAUUACCUGGCCUAUGUACCUUCCAUGAGGAUGCUAGUCGUAAUCGUAUUUAUAGUAUCUUGUUCCCCCGUGGCACAAGUCCCUUUAUUCGAAUGGUAAUGUCUAAUAAAGAUGAGCUAUUUUAUGAUGGACAUGCUUAUUCCAAGAUGAUUGAUUCUCCAUUUUUUCAUGCUAUUGUCAAGUUCAAGUGGCAUACCUUUGCACGGUGGUACUUUCUUACAUAUUUUAUUGUCGUUGUUACUUGGUUCUCCCUUUUAAUUGCAUCAUCCACUGUUGAUUUAAAUAAAAAUAUGGAAAUUAUCAAUUUAAAUAAUGAUUAUACCGAUAAAAUUACUAUAGCAGCAACUAAAAGUUAUAUGGCAGCAGUUACAAUGAUUGGCAAUCUUAAUGAUGCAACAAAUACUUUUGUUAACAAUAUGACGAUUGCAGAAGCAUCUAAAAGCAAUAUUGAGUUGAUUACGAAGGCGAUCAGCAAUGUGGCAGCUUCCAAAAUUUAUAAUGUGAACUUCACUUCAGAAAUUAACAAAGCGGCAAUUGAGGCAGUUUAUAACGCAAUAAUUUACAACACGACGUUUACUGCAGGAAUCAGCAACUCAACAAUUACGACAAUUAACAAUAACUAUGUUACAGAGAUAAAUAAAGCAAUUAGCGAAAUCGACAUCACUGCGAUUAAUAAAUUAAUUAACAGCACCGAUGGUAAUCAAAUAAUAAUUGCAUGCACAAUCAUAGAAAUUAUUAUUAUUUUUCUAUUAGUCCGGCUUCUUAUUAUAUUUAAAAUAAAUGGCUUGGCUAAUCGAGUUCUUAGAGUCCCUUCGAGCUACGUCAUAAGCACAGGAGUUCUUUUUAAUCUUAUAGUUGUAAUUCUAAAGCUGUCCCCUCCUGAAGCCUUCAGAUCCUUAAAGAAUUUUUUUCUGGAACAUGGUUAUGAUUGUAUCUCAGUUUUCCAAACUAUCACAAUCUUUAUUUCAGUAUUGUGUAUAGUUGGAUAUCUAUGUUUAUUCAGGAAUAUUGGACUUUAUGCCUAUAUUAUUAUGCAUAUUUGCAGAAGGGCUAUAUGUAUACUUUUUCUUUUGGGCAUACUUUUGUUAAAUGUUUCUUAUGCAACAAUGCGUAUAUUUGCAACGACCAUACCUGAUUUUGAUGAUGAUAAAAAAAUGUAUAAUAAAAAUACGUAUGAUAAUUACAUUAAAACAUCAAAUAACGUUUGGUCAGGGUUUUUAAAUGCUAGUUACGACUAUAUGUAUCCAUGGGAUAGUCGUUACUUUGUGUCUAUAAUGAGGAUUGCUUUCUCAUUGUUUGCAUCCAUCAUAAUCAUGAACCUUUUGAUUGCAUUUGUAAAUAAUGUCUAUGAAGAAGUAUACAAACGUAAGUACACUGAAUGGACCAUGUUUCGGGCGCGAGCAAUUGCUUACAUUGAACUUACAUGUUCAGUACCGAAUAAUUAUUCUUUCUCAAGUUUUUGUUUUAUAAAUCGUAAAAAUAAGGAUUAUUUUCCUCCAACCAUUAUUUAUGAAGCCAAUACUGAAGAGUUUAAAAAGUGGCAUGAUGAAUUACCUAAUCUUGAGAAACAGUUGUUCGAUUCCACUUAUCCGAUAUAGGACGAAACGGUUUAUUUUGUAGAACUUUUUUCUUUUGAAGACGUUUAAAAAAACAACCUUUAUUAGUUAGUCAUUUCUAAUAAAAUUUACCAAAAAAAUUUCUUAUUACCCAAUAUCAUAUGAUAUUUGUACAUUAAAUAAAA